AUGACUGCUCGUCAAAUAUCUGGUGAGCCCUACGACUUCGCCGUGAACGGUGAGGGCCACGUCUACGAGCGCGCGCGCAACGUGCCCUUUGACCGCGCCGGGUGCAGCGAUGGCAAGGCCCUUGGGCUUCCAGUGCUGCCAUCGAAGGCAGGGAAGAAGGCUCACACACACCAUGAUUGGUUUCCAGCCUCCCGGGGCGAUACCAGCUGCUUAGAAACGAUGAAGUGCAGUGACGUCAAAGACAAGCUGAUCUGCUUGAGCAGCAAGGAUUCAGAGCUGGGGUUGAUGAAGGACAGCCUUCACAAGGGCGGAGAUGCGUGCGUGUGGUGUGGAGGUGAGCCAUGCACAAGUGGCAGCGACGCCUUGUGUGAAGCAUUCGACUUUCUUCAUCGAGGGGAAGGCCACGCCUUUGACGACUUUUUGGCCGAAGGCAAUCACAAGGUUGCACAGUGCUGGCACACCCCAGACCACGAGCUGGAUACAGAAUGCUUGACCGAGAAGCCAGAGGGCUGCAACCGCCUGGAUGACCCCAAGCAAUGCUUGUCGAGCUUUGAUGGUCGACCCUACGAACGUGUGGCAGGCUUCAGAGUAAAAGGGCAGCCCUGCGUGUGGUGCGGUGGUGAGGCCUGCACGGCAAACAAUGACAACAAAUGCGAGCCCUUGGACUUCGUAUUGAAUGGUGGAGGCUAUGCUUUUCACCCACUGGGAGUGCCCAGCACGCGAAGCAUGGCAGGUUGUAAGUCCGGGCAUCCCCUGUCCUUGCCAUUGCCAGCCAAGACCAAUGUGAUCAACUUGAAGCAGGCUGCCGAGCAAGGAGGGCAGAGUGAUGAGAUGACAACAGCCGCCAGCGGGAUUCAUAUGGUUUCGAACUUUGGGAAGGACUGCUGGAGCGAAUGCGGCCAGAAAUCCGGCUUUUGCAACUAUUGCGGUGAGGGCAAUGCCUGCUGCAGACAUGAUGAAACUGAGGGGCCCAAGGAGUGCCAGGGGCCAAUCCACUUCUAUACCUGGCACCACGAAUGCAUCGCUCCCGUCAAGCAGACCGCAGGUUCUGCUGCAGCCGCUGCAGCCGCAGCCGCCGGUGCAGCUGGAGUCGCCGCGACCGUGGCGUCUCAGUCGCUGGUGAAUAUUGGCAAAGACUGCUGGUGGGAAUGUGGGCAGAAGAGUGGCAUGUGCCCCUUCUGCGGCAACGGCAACGCUUGCUGCCGCAAGGAUUAUGGGGAAGAUGCGCCCAGGGAGUGUAAGGGAAGUUUGACCUUCACCACCUGGCAUCAUGAGUGUGUGGUGCCCAUCCAUUCCACCAGCAGCCAGUUGUUUCAGAAGCUGGCAGCUGUUGGGGCAGAUGCAUCAAGCUUGGCAGCCAAGAAGGGAAUGAGCCCUGAGGAGCAGGUGAAGCAGGCAGCCCUGGCCAUCGGCCGCGCAGCCAAGGCCGAAGGUCUCUCCCCGCAGUCCGCGGCGCAGAUCGCGGCCGCGGGAGCGCAGGAGGCGGCGAAGAAGAACCAGCAGAGCCAGGAGAAGCAACAACAGCUAGCGGUGAUGGCUGCUGCGUUGGCUGCUACAGAGGCAACUAAAGAUGACAUGUCGCCCCAGGAAAGGGCUGCAGAGGUUGGCUUGGCCGUGGCGGAAUCGGCCUCGGCUGCAGGCAUGAGCCUGGAGGAACAGAUGGAGGCCGCUGCAAGUGCCAUUGGCACCUAUGCUUCCCAGGCCCCGCUGUCACCCCAAGAGGCUGCCAAAGUGGCCGCUGCCGGAGCACAGCGCGCUGCCCAUGCAGAUGGCAAGGCACCAGAGGAGGGCAGUGCCCUGGCCGCCACGGCUGCGGGGAUCGCAGCUGCCAAGGCCGGCAAGGGCAGCGGCGUUGGUGGGGUGCAGCUGGCCUCACUCAUCGCCACCUCAGCCCUGGCGGCCUCCGCUGGGUUGGCACCUGAAGAGAAGCUGAAGAGCGUCCAGGAGGCGCUGCGCCGCACGGCCGAGGAUACCGGGCUGGGAGCGGAAGCGCUGGAGAAGCUUGCCAAGCAGACGGUGCCAGCUGCAGCGGCUGGGAAUACAGCUGGAAGCGCAGCUACUUCCAGCUCUGAUCACUCCAAGGGAUCGCCCUACAAGCAGGCUGAGCAAGCAGGUCGUGCAGCUUUCGAUCAAGCUGCUGCCGAGCACCUUUCUUCCGAGGAGCAAAUUGCUGCAGCUCACAAGGCCAGCAAGGAUGCCGCAACGGCUGCAGGCAUGUCCCCUGAGGAAGCAGAAAAGAUAGCUGAUGCCGUGGCGAAUGCAGUGAGCGGCGGGGCCACUGAGGAGAUGGAUCCAGACUUGGUGGUGACCAUUGCGCCAUCGGCCACGGGUAAGGUGGUGGCUGGCAACAACAAUGGCUAUCCUCCGCUGGAGGAGACCCCGGCCCAGCGUGACGCCGCCGAAGCCGGUGCUGCCGCCGCACGCCUCAGCAAGGCGGACGGCCAAUCGGCGCAGCGGCAGCUGGAGGCGGCCGCGGUGGCGGCGGGGCGCGCCGCGACCAACGGCGGCAUGGACCCUGUGGGGGCCGAAGAAGCCUCCAGGAAGGCCGCCACGCUAGCUGGCAUCAAAGCGGGCCUUUCAGCUGCCGAGGCCGCCCGCCUGGGCACCGAAGCCGCCGAGAAGGCCGCGACCUCGGGCGCCUUCACGGCGCAGAACUGGAUGACAGACAAAGUGCCCACAACGACCACCGCCAGCACCACAACCACCACCGAAGAAGUUAUGAUUGGACCAAUCAAGGCACGCGGCAGUGCCAAAGAUGCCACCGCGGUGGCCAAAGACACGAAUGCGACCAGUGUGACAGACUUCCACGCUCAUGACCAUGAGCAUCAUGACCACACUCUGCUGUGGGUCUUGCUUGGGGUGGCCGUCGCAAUGGCCGUCGCAGCCUUCAUUUGUUGCACACAGUCGAUGAAAGGGAGCAAGCGUGUGGCCCGCAGCGGCGAUGUGGAAGUGCCGGAUGAUGAGGAGUCUUCGGAGGACUGGAUGAUCGGGGUGGACGGACCGGGGGUGGAUCCCACCAAGAAAAUUGGAGCAAACAACGAGCUCUUGGAGAUGGCCCCACCGUCGCCGGUCACCUCCAUCCCCAAGAAGGGCCCGCGUGUGCCGCUGCCCAGCCGUUCCGAGCGCAGCCGUGCCCAACCCGAGGCCGUGCCGCUGCUCCCAGAGGCACCCGCGCCAGCCCCAGCGCCCCCAGCACCAGCCACCCAUAGCCGUCUGUCCUCCGCCGCCGUCAGCGUUUCCUCGAUGAGCGCCGCUCCAGUGGCGGUGCCGGCCAGGACCAACCUGGCACCAGCACUGACGCCGGUGCCAGCAUACACGUACCGCCCGCAGACCUACGUCACCAGCACCCCGGUGACUAUGCCGCCAGUCACGGUGGCUGCACCCAUUGUGACCAGCCCGGUGACAGUAACCACAGGACCGGUGAUGCCGGCUGCAUCUGUGGCAUCCCAACCUAUGGCUCGGGCGCAAGCCUUGUUCGAUGUGCUGGAUGCCAACCACGAUGGGGUGCUCGAUGCCAAUGAGUUCGCUCAGCUGCGUACCUUGGAUGGGCGCAGAGCCCAACCCCCGAUGCCACCCAUGGAGCCAGUGACGGUGGCACCAGUUCGGACGGCUGAGUUUGGUUCAGUGCAGACGUGUGCGGGCCUCGGGCAAG